AUGCUGCACAACAGAGCAAUAAAAAAGGCAGCAGAUUUUACUGGUUUGAACUUGUCAAAUAUCGGCGGUCCACCUGUAUGGGGUUAUGUCGGUGUUAAUCAAUUUAUUGAUGUGAAAAGUGCGAUUGUCUACAGUGACAUGUACCGUCCAUAUCAGAGAGCUUUGAAAAACAAAGGCGGAUCAACACUUCCAUUAGGCACCGUUCAUCCCGAACUACGAUUUUUAUCUUAUCUGAUAGAAGAUGCCAACGAAAUUAACAUUGAGUCAAUUGAAUCACGAAGAACGGCUCAACAACUUUUAAAUCGUCAUUUAGUUUACUCAAAAGUGCGCGCUACAAUUAGCGUAAUUAAGAUAUGGUAUGCGAAAGAGCCAACAGGUGAUAUCAUUUCAUUAGGCAUUUGUUCUAAUGGCUCAUUUGGAAUACCCGCUGGUCUUGUUUUCUCUCAGCCAUCAAUACUGAAAAACAACGUGUGGGUACCGUACGAAGCAUUUCCCACCAUGGAAGAAACAAAACGAGAAAUUUUAAAACUGAUCGAUUCAUCUGAAGAAAUACAUCAUUUAAUGGAUUGUGUUGCACCUACGAGUGCCGCUGCUUACUAAAUAUUUUAAAUAAAUGGGUUUAGUAUUAGAAUAACACAUACACAAAAUAUAGAGUACUUGAAUAUAAAAUUCAAAGCCUUAUAAACGAUAUUUUAAAAAGUUACAUUUUGCAAAACACGGUUUAAACGAGUGGCUAACGAUUAUGUGUGCGUUCUUGCCGUAUAUGCAAUGUAAAAUGCGCCGAGAAAAAUCCUUAUAUUUUCAUUAUCAUUAGGGCAAACGACAAACAAAACGCACCUUUGUAAAGAUAAUUAAAAACAGGAACUUUUUCAAAAAUUCAAUUUUUUCUUUUUUGGGCCAUUUGGACAUCGGUAUCAACAGACGAAUUUAGGGGGUUAAUUAGUAGUCCAAACUCUACAGAAAAACAUAAUUAGAUGCUUUUUACCUUUAAAAG